AUGUCUCUAGUAAAACGAAAAAGCAAAGAAUUCGAGCAAAGCAGUGAUUGCUCAUCCGUUGACGAGAAUGAGGAAACGCCGAAGAAGUCGAUUCUCCUUUAUAAAGUCAACGAUUACCCACCGCCGAUCAUCGCUGUUGUCUUGGCGUUUCAGCAAUGGAUGGUCGCUCUGUCCGGUUAUUUUGUGACUCCUUUCCUCGUCGCUGACAUCGUUUGUGCAGGGAAAGCCACUCCAAAAUUACGGGUAAACCUAAUGGCGUCAACGUUUGUCUCCGGUGGAAUCGCCUCGUUCGUUCAAGCCACUUUUGGAGUACGCUUAGCCAUCGUGCACGGGCACUCACUGCAAUUCUUGGCUCCUCUGCUUGCUUAUGGUAAUCUCCCGGAGAACGCGUGUAAGGCUGGCUAUGGAGAUGAUGUGCCCGAAGAGGAAUGGCAUCAGCGGAUAGCUAUGUUUUCCGGCAGUAUGCUGCUCGCCUCGUUGUUCUUUUUCUUGAUCGGACUCUCUGGAGCGGUGGGUAUCUUCGCGAGAUUCGUCGGACCGAUUACUAUAGUGCCACUGCUCACCUUGCUGGCGAUCGCUGUUGUUCCGACGAUCGAGGAGAAAUUGACGUCACAUUAUAUGGCCGUUGUUGAGCUGGUUCUAUUGGUGAUAUUCGCUAUGUACAUGGAGAACAUCGACAUACCAUUCCCAUAUUAUUCAUUCAAAGAGAAAAAGUUUAAAGUCCUCCGCGCUCCACUUAUCGGACAGUUUUCGUUCAUGUUGGGGAUGUUGAUUUCAUGGUUUAUUUGUUGGAUUCUCACAGCUUCCUCGCUGAUCGACGACUAUUCGCCCGCGUCAACGAACAACAAUGCGACAAGUGGGCUCGUCUCCGAUGCUCCUUGGUUCAAAGUACCGUAUCCAGGGGAAUACGGUGCCCCAAAGCUCGACACAGCGAUGUGCAUUGGAUACGGAGCGGCUGUGCUCUCACAAAUCGUCGAAAACGUUGGCUCGUACAAGAUGGGCGCUCGCGUCUCCGAGGAGGGGAAUCCGCCUCGAGAUGCCGUCAAUCGAGGAAUCAUGGUUGAAGGUUUUGGUUCAAUCGUCGCCUCGAUCGUCAGCAUUCCAAUCGGUGUCACCACUUUUGCCGGAAACAUCGCUCUCUUGCAAUUCACAAGGGUCGUCUCUCGUGUCACCGUUCAACUCGUCGGCAUUUUUUUCGUCUUCUUAGGGCUAUUCACUAAAUUCGCGGCCGUUUUCGCCUCGAUCCCCGAUCCAUUGGUUGGCGGUAUUUUGUGUCUUUCGAUGAGUGCGAUCGCCGGAGUUGCUUUGUCGAAUCUUCGGAUGGUCAAUCUGAAUCAAACGAGAAAUCUCGCCAUCAUGGGCUUGGCGUUAAUCGUUGGGAUUACUGUGCCAAAGCAUUUCACAAAGACACCAGUCGAUUCAGGCAACAAAACCUGGGAUCAAGUGUUCAAUAUGUUGCUCAACAUCGAAAUGUUAGUAGGCGGUGGAUUGGCGUUCAUUUUGGAUAAUACAGUUCCUGGUGCCUCUCGAGCAGAUCGGGGUUUGGUGGAAGAUGAAGAGACAAUCGAAUUGACUGAGGGAUUCUGGAUGCCCGAAUUCUUUGAUCGCUGGUUGAAUCGAAUGCCCGCCCUUCGAAAGCUUCCCUUCAUGCCGUCAAAACCGAAUCCGGGCAAAUUCUCCACCCAUGAUCGUUCUCUAUCACAAACAACGACAAUAGAUGAGGAAUUAGGCAAAUCCUAUUUA